AUGGGAAUUCACGGCCUGGCGACAUUUCUUCGCGAGAACCAGCGUGCCCUGUCAAAACCAUUGAAGCUGCCGACUGCAGUGUCGAUCGCGUUAGUAGUCGAUGGGUGGUCGUUCAUUUAUGAAUUGUACAACCAAUCCGGUUUGCCUUGGGUUUACGGUGGAGAAUACACACGAUUUUCAGAUCUGGUGGUGAAGACUGUAGAAGCAUGGUUAAAUGUAGGGGUUAGACCGUUUUUCGUGUUCGAUGGUCCAUAUCCCCCGCUUAAAUUCGCAACAGCCAUCUCGCGUGCUUCAGAAAAUAUCAUUCAGCCCUCCCUUCUUUUUUUCAGGACGUCCGAGGCUUCUCGAUCCACGCCACGCUUCCUCCGAGAGAACACAAUAAUACCACCUCUAUGCUAUACAGUGUGUGUCCAUGCAUUGAAAACUUUAUCGCACAAAGGCGUUGAGGUUCAUUUCGCGGAUGUGGAAGGAGAUCCCUACGCUGUUGAACUAGCCGGCCGAGUACGUGGUUAUGUGACUGGGCACGACUCCGACUUCGUUGUCCUAAACACAGACGGGUAUCAAGGCUACAUCCCUAUGGACGAGAUGAUCUGGACAGCAUUGCGCGACUCGUCAGAGACUUCGGUGGAGCCAGAAGACGACGGCGGAUUCACAGUCACCCGGAAGCCGAAACGCAACACGAAAUCCAAUGGAACGUACCACAGCGGGCAGGGCCUCAUACCACCUGAUUUUGGCACGGAUCUCAGCAUGAUAUGUUCUGUGUACCGGCCGUCUGAUCUUGCCGCACACCUCCAUCUUCCUAUGACACUCCUUCCUCUCCUCGGUGCACUUGUUGGCAAUGACUACACUGCCGAUCAACGUCGUUCUACGCAUAGGCUCUUUUUUGAACACAGCUUGACCGUUUCACAGCGUAUCACGCGUGUGGCGAACACGCUUCAAUCGAUUAUCACAGCUGUAUCCGGAACCACACAGAAGCGGAAGUUGAAGCGGCCAAUUAACAGUGUUGUGGAUUUGAUCGGCCUGACGGUCGAUGCACUGCUCCUGGGCCCUUCCUCGUCUAUAGGGGCAAGGGAACGCGAGGCCAUUGUCGAAAAGACUGUUGAAGCAGCUUUGCAAUAUUCGAUACCCAAGCAUGACGGCGAUCCAGCUCUUUGGCAGUCGGAUGUCUGUGCCCUUCACGAUCCAGACAGGUGUCCGUUCGUGCUGUAUCUAUCCCCGCAAAAGGCUGACAAAAUCGAAGAGAAUCCAUCCCGAGCGCAUAUCCGGUCUCGAUAUACGUCGGCGUAUCGACGCGGAACUCUCUCACCUAGACUUAUGGAUCUGUUCAGUACUGGAACCUUGUGGCCUCGAUUGUUUUUAGAGGACCCCGAUCUCGAACCGACCGCCCGAAGCAUCGGACGACCCCUUAGAGAAUGGACAUAUACCAUCCUCAACGAUGGCAUUGGGCUUCCUGAACAAAUCGCUGAGGAUCAGGAAGAAAGUAGCGAGGACGACAAGGAUGAAGGGAGCGAUGAUGACAGCGACGAGCUGAUCGACGUCGUUGAAGAGGAUUCAGACUCGGAUGGAGGAGAUCUGCUGGCUCCACUUCGUGGAGCACUGCAGCAGCUGGGGGGUAAUUCCGAUACCGACCCCUUUCCGACGACACCUAUUCAUCUGCUCGUGUCGUCACAGCCCAGGUCAAUAACGGAAUAUAUCCGACGGGGUACAAAACUCGGAAUGGAGACCGUACCAGUACCCUCCAUCGCCGCACUUGCACCAUUCCUCAGCCCUGAUUAUGAUUUCUCAAGUCACUCACCCAUACAAUCACGGUCUGAGGAUGAGCGUCUGGCCCUCUUCCUGCGGCUGUUGCACUCCGAAUCACCAGCCUUCAAGGCACUGCCCCCAAUGCAAUUGAUGGCUGUCUUAGCCUUAAGAUGGGUUGUCCGACGACUUCACGAACGUGCUGAAUCCCACGGGUUUGGGAAGGAGCGUGAUCGAGAGCGAUGGACGCAGAGGGAAGCUAUAGCCUAUCUAGGUGCCUUUGCAUGGGCAUCAUCCUCGGACGCCGCUCCAAAAGAAAGCAGUGAACAUGCUGAGCCUCUGGUCAUUCUCAACCGUAGCAUUCAACUCACGGCUCAAGUGUCUGUGGCAUUAGACGCGAUCGAGAUACUCUCACAGACCCUCCUGCUGCAUGAUCGCGUCUCAAGUCCUGCUCCAUUGUUCUCGGGGCACAUAUUCCACAGGAAACUCGCAGACGGGAACACAGCCGAGCACCUUCAUCAGGAAUCCGAGUACCUGUGGGUCGCUUGUAGCACAGGAUUGGAGAAUAUGUUUGGAGCUGAGAAAGGGAAGCGUGGAAAGAAGGAAAGAAGGGCGAAUAGAUCAGGACAGCCUGAACUCACAAGGAGAGAGUAUUCUGCUGUUCCUUCACAAGGAUUGUUCUCAGUGCUCGCUAGCAUGGAUUCUUAGAAUUGGUUAGCGUCUAUUCUAUGUCUGUGCGACGCUGUGCAUUGUCUAUCCGAGACACUGUCACAUGCAGUGUGGCUCUCG